AUGGAUUGGAUUAUAUCAGAUGAGUUGGGUUUGACCGUUGGUCACCUGGUUGGCUGGGGUGCAGCAGGUGCUAUGAUUAUUGGAGGUGUAGCACCCUACAUUCCACAAUAUAGACAAAUCAAACGAUCUCAAGAUGCAGAUGGAUUUUCUCUUUAUGUUUGUUUAACGCUUUUAAUAGCUAACACAUUGCGAAUUCUAUUUUGGUUUGGAAAACGUUAUGAACUGCCUCUAUUGAUACAGAGUAUAGUGAUGAAUAUUACAAUGUUUGUCAUGAUUCACCUCUGUGUCAAUGUUCGUAAAAAAAAUCAAAUUGUCAGAGCAAGGGAGAGAAUAUUUACAGAUAUGGACCGUAAAUAUUUCUGGGCGUGGACUGACUUCCAAAGCUACCUAGAUUGUAUGCUAGUGUUCUCUGUACUUGGUGCAGCAAUCACAUACCUACUGAUAGAGGUCUCCCCCUUCGUCGAACUCAUCGGCUUCCUCGCCGUGUUCACUGAAGCGAUGCUUGGCGCGCCACAGAUAGUUAAAAAUUGUCAGAAUAAAAGUACAGAAGGGAUGAGUAUUUGUAUGGUGAUAAUGUGGACGUUUGGUGACAUGUUCAAGACUGCAUAUUUUGUAAUAAGAGAUGCACCAACACAAUUCUGGGUGUGUGGUAGCCUUCAAGUCUCCUUAGAUAUCAUUAUUCUCUUCCAAGUGUGGCUGUAUCGACGAAAUACCGCAGCUGCGCGACGAUUGCAUCGAGGAGAUUAG